AAUUGCUUUUUAGAUUGAUAAAUUUCUUUUAAUAAUUUUGCUCUGUAGUUAAAGAAAAACUACGUACAACCAGCUUCAUUUGUAUACAUAGCGGCGUACGAUGCUGGUUAUAAAGCAGUGUGUUGACUAAAAUAAUCCCGGGGGUGGUGAAGAAACAAGAAUGGUGGAAGAGGAAAUUGCUGUGGCAAUGAUGAGGGUGAGGGACACAAGUGGGCGCAGGAUAAGCACGUGGGCGUCGCCUUUCUCUCAUUGCCUGCACGCUGGCAUGGUGGUUUUGGUUUAGCAAGCCAAACUCAAAUAUUACACUUCCUCAAGUUAAAGAAAAAAGAAAAAAAAAAGGGAAAACAGAACAGCCACCAAGAAAUGAUUGGCAGUCACCUUGUGAGUACAAGAACAACCUUAAAAAUUUUCAGGUUGUGCUGGAGUUGGAACUUUCUGUGGUAGUGGUGUUCUAAAAAAGCGAAGCUUACAACAGUGAAGAAGCUGGUUUUUGUCUGACUCUGAGAAAUGUUGCUGCUUUUGUGGUGAUCAGUUGCAUAGUUUAGUAGCAAAAACUUAGGAGGUUUUGGAAAAAAUGAAGUUUAUGAAGCUUGGAUCUCGGCCGGAUACUUUCUACACCACAGAGGCUGUGAGGUCUGUUUCAUCAGAAGUGUCUAGUGAUCUUAUCAUUCAAGUGAAAGGAAGCAGGUAUUUACUCCAUAAGUUUCCGUUGCUGUCCAAGUGCUUGCGUUUGCAGAGGUUAUGUUCAGAGAGCCCUGAAGCCUCACAACUCCAAAUAGUCCAACUCCCGGAAUUUCCUGGUGGGAUUGAGGCGUUUGAACUCUGCGCGAAAUUCUGCUAUGGCAUCACAAUCACUCUCAGCGCCUACAACAUUGUCUCAAUCCGAUGUGCAGCAGAAUACCUGCAAAUGACGGAAGAGGUCGAGAAGGGUAACCUAAUAUACAAGAUUGAAGUCUUCUUCAAUUCUUGCAUCCUUCAUGGAUGGCGGGACUCGAUCGUGACUGUCCAAAGCACCAAAGCCUUCCCUUUGUGGUCUGAGGAUCUUGGGAUAACAAGCAGAUGCAUUGAAGCUAUUGCUUCAAAAGUUCUGGCCCAUCCCAAGAAGGUGAGCUUAUCACACAGCUAUUCAAGACGAGGUAGGGAUGAUGUGUCGUGCAACGGGUCAGAGAGCCACAGGCAUAAGCCGACAAGCAAAGGCUGGUGGGCUGAAGAUUUAGCAGAACUGACCAUCGAUCUUUAUUGGAGAACAAUGAUAGCCAUCAAAUCUGGUGGGAAAGUUCCCUCCAAUAUCGUAGGCGAUGCAUUGAGGAUUUAUGCAUCCCGGUGGCUGCCAAACAUUACUAAGUACAUAAACAUUGAGAAGCAAGCUGAAUCUGAUCCUGAACUCGGUUCACUUGGGGAGGUGACUAAGAAACAUAGGCUGCUUUUGGAAUCAAUUGUCAGCUUACUGCCGUCUGAGAAAGGCGAAGUUUCUUGCAGCUUUCUGUUGAAACUAUUGAAGGCUGCUAACAUAUUAAAAGCUUCUUCCUCCUCAAAGAUGGAAUUGGCAAGAAGAAUCGGGCUUCAGUUGGAGGAAGCCACAGUCAGUGAUUUGUUGAUACCCUCUAUGUCAUCCACUGAUAACACGAUAUAUGAUGUAGAUGUUGUUAUUACCAUAUUAGAGCAGUUCAUGUCACAGGGGCAGAGCCCACCGACGAGCCCUCCAAGAGUCAAAGGAGAUCUUGAAAGGCGAAGGUCCCGCUCAGCAGAAAAUGUGGAUUUGAUGUUUCAAGAGAGUAGGAGAUCAUCUUCUGCUUCGCACAGCUCUAAACUCAAGGUGGCGAAGCUUGUAGACGGAUAUUUACAGAAGAUAGCCAAGGACGAAAAUUUGCCAUUGUCAAAGUUCAUUGCUAUUGCAGAAGCUAUUCCAGAAUUUUCCAGGCUCGACCAUGAUGAUCUCUACAAAGCUAUCGACAUUUACUUAAAGGGACAUCCAGAGCUCAACAAGAGUGAACGAAAGCGCCUAUGCCGAAUAUUAGACUGCAAAAAGUUAUCCAUGGAAGCUUGCAUGCACGCUGCACAAAAUGAAAUGCUCCCACUAAGAGUGGUAGUUCAAGUUCUCUUCUUUGAGCAGGCACGAGCUACAAUGGCCGGUGGCCAAGUGACUGAGUUGCCGAGCAACAUCAAGGCACUUUUAGCAGUGCAUAAAAAUCCAUCAAAGGCCAACGCCUCUUUUAGCACCAAUGCCACGAUGCCACCAGAAGACCAGUGGAGCGUUUCAGGCCUAAAAUCACCAAAGUCGAAUCUUUCUACCCUGAAAAUGAAGCUGGAUGAAGACGAUGAUUUGGACGACAAUUUCCCAGACGGAAUUGAAAAAUCUUCAAAACUCAGGUCCUUCAGUACAACUCCCAACAGACCUAAAAGAAUGUUCAGCAAAUUGUGGCCCGUCAACAGAAGUGCAAGUGAAAAGAACUGAGAAAUUUUGUUUAAGGUUCUUCUUUUCAGAUGGUUCACUUUACCAGGGUAAAUAAUAAUAUACUCUGCCUUCUAUGUAUUUUUUUUCCCUUCUGGUCCUAAUUCUUGCAGAACUAUUUGUAAUCACUAGGAACGAAAAAGCAAACUCCCUUGUGAGGUCAAUGGUGUAAGCUAUGCUAAUAAGUCCGUGGAAACGGAUCACUCUUACACAAGGGAAGAAAUUAUGUUAGGGAAGCUCUCUUUGAGCAAUCUAGAAUGAUGCACUUGUAAAACCUGAAUUAUCUGCAAAUAUGCUGUUUUAUGUCUCUA